AUGGCAGUGUACGCCUUUAUGGGACACAGCGGUGGAAUGGCAGUGUACGCCUUUAUGGGACACAGUGGUGGAAUGGCAGUGUACGCCUUUAUGGGACACAGCGGUGGAAUGGCAGUGUACGCCUUUAUGGGACACAGCGGUGGAAUGGCAGUGUACGCCUUUAUGGGACACAGUGGUGGAAUGGCAGUGUACGCCUUUAUGGGACACAGCGGUGGAAUGGCAGUGUACGCCUUUAUGGGACACAGCGGUGGAAUGGCAGUGUACGCCUUUAUGGGACACAGCGGUGGAAUGGCAGUGUACGCCUUUAUGGGACACAGUGGUGGAAUGGCAGUGUACGCCUUUAUGGGACACAGCGGUCGAAUGGCAGUGUACGCCAUUAUGGGACACAGCGGUCGCAUGGUAGUGUACGUCUUUAUGAGAGCGCAGCGGUGGAAUGGCAGUGUACGCCUUUAUGGGACACAGCGGUGGAAUGGGAUGUGGGGAGUGUGUGUGUCAGGGGUGUGCGGCGCGGCAGGCACCCAGUUCCGGGCCGUGUGGUGCGUCCACUCGGACGGCUGGACGACGCUGCCGUCCAACUGCGCGCCGUCCGAGCGUCCGUCCCGGCAGCACGCCUGCGUGCGCGUGUGCGAGUGGCACCGCGCGCUCUUCGAGUGGCAGCUGUCGCCGUGGGGACCCUGCAGCCCGGCCUCGCCCUCCUCUUCGUCCACCCCCUCCUCCUCCUCCUCCUCGUCCUUGUUGGCGCGAGAGUGCGUGACGGCCCAGCGCGGGGUCCAGAGGCGGCGCGUGUCCUGCACCCGACGCACGGACGGACAGGCGGCGGCCGACCCGCGCGUGUGCGAGGCCUUCUCCCCGCCGCCGGCCGACGAGCAGGCGUGCCUGCUGCCCUGCCCCAUCAACUGCGUCCUGUCGGCCUUCUCCCACUGGUCAGCCUGCCGCGGGCCGAGCCCGGGCUGCACGGGCGGCGGCGUUGGUGCCACUCCGCCGCUGCAGCACCGCACGAGGCAGGUCCUGGCGGCGCCGCUGUACGGGGGCGCCGAGUGCCCCGGCCUGACCGAGAUGCGCCGAUGCCACCGCGGCGCCAACGCCAACGCCAACCCCCCGGCCCCGUGCCCGCACGACCAGCAGGAGCACAGCUACAGCCUGUGGGCGGGGCCGUGGAGCGAGUGUCGGGUCAGGAGCGCGCUGCCCAGCGGCAGGACGCGGGUGGACUUCAGCAGCAUAUUCCGAGUGAACCACCAGCACCAUCACCAGCACCAUCAUCAUCAUCAUCAUCAUCUUCAUCAUCAUCAUCAGCACGAAGGCGGAGAGUCGUGGGGCGUCCAUAUUGGAUAUCAGACGCGGCAGGUGCGAUGCACACGCAACGAUGGCAAGAACGUAAUGCUGAGCCUCUGUGAUCAUGACAACGCCCCUGUGAACUUCCGUUCAUGCGUAAUGCCCAAAGACUGUGAGGUAUCUGAUUGGACGGAGUGGAGCCCAUGCUCCAAAACCUGCCGCACGGUGGACCAAUCACCUGGGUACAGGACCAGAAAGCGCCAUGUGAAAGGGCUUCUGAUUGGCGAAGGAAAGGAAUGCCCCGCCCUGGAGGAAAGAGAGGCUUGUAAUCUCAUCGGGGACCUGCUACCACUGUGCCCAAGCUACCAGUGGCUGCUGACAGACUGGGGUGGAUGCCAGAUCCUUCCUCUGUUGGGUCAGCAGGACCAUCGCCACGGCAAUGCCAGCGUCCUCUGCGGAGGUGGCAUCCAAACCAGGGAGGUGUACUGCGUUCGUCUGGACAACGGCACAUCCCUCUCACACAAACUGCGGCCAGUGAGGCGGGACUUGUGCUCGGGGCCCCUCCCCUCAUUGGUGCAGAGCUGCUCCAUCACUUGUCCUCAGCUCUGCUUGCUGUCUGAUUGGUCGGAGUGGGGACCCUGUGUUCAUGAUGAGUGCGCCGAGUCACAGGGGAAGAGAGGCGGUGCAGUGUGUCCGAACGCCUCAGCCCUGCAGCAGUGGAGGUCGUGCGGCAGCGGCACCUGUGUGCACCUCCACUGGGCCGAGAGCCCCUGGGGCCCCUGCGUCCUCGACCCCCAGGGACCCCCUCUUAACGCCUCCGCACCGGAGCAGCAUAACGCUACCUGUGGACUGGGCACCCAGAUGAGAGAGAUCACCUGUGUGAAAGCCAACAAUGGAGUGGUCACCUCGAAAAGAUGGCAGACCCACCGCUGGAACAAGUGCAUUCUGGUCCCUGAUUCCGUGAGGCAAGCGCUUGGGGCCUCCACCGAGUCCUGUGGCCAAGGCCUGGAGACCAGAGGUGUGACGUGUGUUGGGGCAGACGACUCGCCUGCUGCGCUGUCGCUGUGUCUGCUGUGGGGCGGGCCGAUGCCGGCCCAAGUGCGGGCCUGUCGCGUGGCCUGCAGGGACGACUGCACCCUGAGCAGCUGGAGCGCCUUCUCACCCUGCCAGCGCUGUGGAGACUGGCGCUCACGCACACGGACACUGAUAGGUCGCAGCAAGAAGCGCAUGCGAUGCCAGCAGGAGUCUCUGUACCCGCUGGAGGAGCGAGAGCCAUGCCCGUGCUCUGAGUUCAGGGCUCAGCCCCAGGGCUCCUGGUCUCCGUGCCUGCUCCCGGGGCUCUCCGGGCGGACGGCAUGGCACCUGGGCCUUCCUGGACGCCCGCGGGCCCAAGGAGAGGGCAGGGAGUGUGGGCAAGGCUGGCGCUACAGGGCCCUGGCCUGCCUGGACCACCGUGGACAGCUGGUAGAACCCACUCUGUGUGCUAGCUCAGGUUUGGAGGAAGACUUGUGUCAUGUGGCCUGCCCCAUGGACUGCAGGCUGAGUGAGUGGUCACCCUGGUCUACCUGCAGCGCCUCCUGUGGCUGGGGUGUGAAAGUGCGGGCCCAGUGGCUCAGAGAGAAAGCGUUCAACGGAGGGCGUCCCUGCCCCAAACUGGACCUGAGGAAUCAGGUGUCUGAGGUACUGCCGUGUUACAGUGAAUGUGAUCAGCACAGCUGGGAAGUGGACCCGUGGUCUGAGUGCCACCUCAACAUACAGCACGCAAGCAGCACACCAGCCCACCCGGCACAUCCAACCAGCACAGCCAACACACUAAACACAGACAGUCCAACCAGCACAGCAAACACACUAAGCACAGCCGGUCCAAACGUCACAGCAAACACACUAAGCACAACCAGCCCAGUUAACACAGCCAAUCCAGACAGCACAGCUAACACACACACACCCAGCACAGGACUGGGGCCCUCCAGCUACAGCCUAUCAAAUGCCAUCCCCACAUCCACUGGACCAGGAGAGGUGUUAUCCUGUGGAGAGGGAGUCCAGGGUCGCAAAGCCAGGUGUGUAAGGCGAGGAAGCGAUGGGCAGAGCCAACAUGUGCACGACACUCUGUGCAGCCAGCCUGAGCGUCCAAUCACCUCACAGAUCUGCCUGCUGCCCUGUCCCACCCAGUGUGUGACAUCACAAUGGAGUCAGUGGAGCACCUGUCCAAUGGCUUGUCCCCCAAGUGCACUCAGAUGGAGAGGCAGGCAUGUGCUCAGGCAGCCCCAGCGGGGACACGCGUGCCUGGAGCUGAACCAGUCUCAGCCCUGCCUCUUCAACUCCACCUGUUUCAGCUACAGCUACAGCUACUCAGACUGGAGCUCCUGUCAACUCAGUGAGAAUGCUGUUUGUGGGCAGGGCAUUAAGACACGCCUCCAUAGGUGUGUCCGUAGCGACGGCGAGCCAGCAGAGAUGAGCCUGUGCGCCGAGAGGGGUCCAUCAGACAAGCUGAUCAUUUCCUGUGAAGUUAGCUGUCCGGUGAACUGCCUGGUGUCUGCAUGGUCACCUUGGUCUGAAUGUUCACACACCUGCGGAAACCGAAGUCAGACACUGCGCUCCAGGAUGGUGCUGCAGGAGGCGGGAGACGGCGGUCAGUCAUGCCCCGCCCACCUCUCCCAAACCAAGCCCUGUCCCAUCAUGCCGUGCCACUCCUGGUUGCUUGGACACUGGUCGUCCUGUCAGAUAGAGGGAGCGGAGUGUGGUGAGGGGGUGAAAGUGAGGAACCUUACGUGUGUGGUCCACUGGGGGGCGCUGGUGAGCGUGUCCCGGUCUGACGCGGCGGUGGAGGAGGAGAGGUGUGAGAGGGGUCAAAGGCCAGAGAGAGACACCCCGGUGCAGCUGCCCUGCUCUGUGCCCUGUCCAGGGGAUUGCCACCUUACCGAGUGGUCGCCAUGGAGUUCAUGCCAGCUUAUGUGUAUGGACGGACGCAGCUUUGAGACACAAGGACGCCAGGCGCGCUCAAGAGCCGUGAUCGUCCAGGUGCCUGAGAACCAGGAGACGUGCCCCAGACAGGUGUACGAGACGCGGCCGUGCAAAGGAGGGGUGUGCCACACUUAUGAGUGGAGAACCGGCGGAUGGAGGGAGAACGAGAGGAACGUGUGGUGCCAAAGGUCUGAUGGAGUGAACGUUACAGGCGGGUGCCCCUCACACACUCGGCCCUCAGCAAUACGCCACUGCCACCCACCCUGCACCAAGCCCUUCUCUUUCUGCACACAGAGUGGUGUGUGCGGAUGUGAAAAGGGCUUCACAGAAGUCAUGACCACUCAUGGUUUCCUUGACUACUGCACCAGGGCGCCCGGGCCUGACCACAAGAAGGCCGACGUCAAAACCGGUUCUGGCCAGGCCAGACCAGGCCGCACCCAAAGCCAGAACCCGCUCAGGGAGUGGGCCUUGCAGGCGGUGGGCCCAGAUGGGCAUGUAAGACCGUGGGUUUAUGGCCUGAUGGCUGCUGGAUUCGUUCUCAUCCUGCUCAUCAUCAUCAUGUCCUUCCUGCUGUGCAAAAACACCAAACCCAGUCCCAGCGGUGGAGGUCACCAGAAGGCCCUAACGCUGUCGUAUGACGGGGAUACGGAUAUGUGACCGCUUGCUCCACAACCAUAGAGCUCACGUCUCAACAAAUGGCCAGCUCUAAUUAAUGUCCUUCAACUUCAGGCACGUGGGAUCCCAUCAGACACCAAAAGGAAAGACUCAGAGGACACAACGCAGCAAGAUUUUAAAACACAACAUUCAAAAUGUGUAUACUUUAA